AUGACAUUUAUCGGAAUUCAUACCGUCACUGAAGACGUAAUCAAAGAUACGUCGAUCGCAUGGGUCAAUCGACUUAAACACCUGAGACAUGCUCGUUGGCACGCAAUCCAGACGAUCCACCAAUCGUAUUGGCUUAAAAUGGCCGUCGCUCAUAAGCUGAAUUGGGAUUACAAAUUGGGAAUGGAUGAGGAGUUGAAGGAACAGCAGGCAAUGUUCUUGGCCUUUGAGGAACAAGAACUUGCGGCAGAGAGACAAAUGGAAAAGGAUAAGAAGGCGGAAGGAGAAGCUACCACUCAGAAGGCUAGUUCCAUUGUCGGACAAGCCGUUUUGCAAUAA